GCACGAUCGCACAGUGUGUCGGACGGCGGGAUGUCGCGGACCCCGUCGCCCCGAGCGGGCCGGCGGCCGCCGUUCCUGAGCCAGCCGUCGCUGAUCAGCUGGCAGUCGGAUCCAUCGCGGCCGCCCCAAUAUUUCGUCGUACGGCCUAUGCACAUUGUGAACCUGACAGCCGACAAGACAAAAAGUUGUGCCGUGCGGUGCGCGCAAGCGAUCAAGUCCUUUUCGCAGCGUUGGUUCUCUCAUUUACUCCUGCUGCUAGUUCUUCUGGCGUACGCGGCCCUCGGAGCGGCCAUCUUCCAGCUCAUCGAAGCCCCCUUCGAGCAACGCCAAAAGGAAACUAUUCUCAACAUGAGAAAGUACAUCGUCGACGUCUUGGCCAUGGCCAGGAUAUCCGCCAUGGACCAGCACGCGUUCAAGAAUCUCGUCACGCAGAGGAUGCGCGAGUUCGAGUCUCAGGUCCGUCUCCUAGAGGACGAGGCUUCCAUAUACACCCACUCGGAGAAGAAAGUGUGGUCCUUCUGGGGUGCCCUCUUCUACUGCGGCACAGUCUUCACUACGAUCGGCUACGGUAACAUCGCUCCGAGCACUCUCGCUGGUAGGGCCGUCACUGUCCUCUAUGCCUUCAUUGGUAUUCCGCUGCUGCUUAUGGUGCUGGCCGACUUGGGCAAGCUUUUUACUCGGGGCAUCAAGGCCGUCUUCGUCUGGGGCAAGCACUUCUAUCGUACCGGACGCUGCCGGCGCAAGCGUCGUGGCACCGAGGUUGAAGGAGAGGCCAAGGCGCCCAUUCAGUACGUCGCCUUCGUUUGGCGCAAGGUGAACGACACCAUGGCCUACGUGCCCUACCCGGCCUACCUACGUUCGGAAGGCGACAAGCCAGACGCCAAACCGGAGGAGAACGGCAAAUCCGACGACGUCGACGUCGAGAAGUCAGCCGAGCCCAAUAACGAGGAAGAGGAAGACGAAGGGGUGGACGACGAGUUCAACCUCCCGGUCUCUCUAGCCCUCAUCUUACUAUCUCUGUACAUGACGAUCGGCGCUUGCCUGUUCACCAUCUGGGAAUCGUGGACCUUCCACGAAGCCUUCUACUUUGUCUUUAUCUCCAUGAGCACCAUUGGGUUUGGCGACUACGUGCCAGACCACCCCAUGUUCAUGAUGGCCACGUUCAUCUACCUCCUGUUCGGCCUCGCCCUCACAUCUAUGUGCAUCAACGUUGUUCAGGAGAAGCUGUCGGCCAUCUUUGAGAGGGCGCGCAUGCAGCUGGGCACCAGCAUCGGAUUCGACCCGGCGCUCAUGAUGGCCGAGUCGCCGACAGCGCCACCGCGCCGCGGUUCGAAAGCAGACGCGCUCGACGACAAAGCAGACGACAAAGCAGGCGACAAAGACGCCGAUAAGCACGACCCGAAGGCAAUAACGGCCAAAUGAACGUUCCCCAAAAGCUUUAUUUUUUAGAAGUAGCCGAGUGAAGGGGCAAUUGCUACCUGAUGGUGGUACCACACCAAGUUGCCACACAUGAACGGUGUUUGCUCAAUGAUGCCCAGUUUGUGGAUGUGCGAUGUCAGCGUGGUGGCAAGGCGUGCCGAGCCCGUUGCUUAUUAUAACAUUUUUUUUUUUUACGCCAUAGAUCGGAAUACAGUGCGUCCCAGAUUAAGCAUUACAUAUUACGCACACUUCCGGCUAAGUUUGUGGCUUUUGCUCGCCGAACAUCUUUCGCUUUCUAAUAUUUCGCUAUCUAUCGCUUUCUAGUUGGUCUCGGUUGUACGAGGACAUCACAUUAUCCGCUCAAAAUAUCUGAAAUGGCCCCAUAGCUUUUACGGCCAACACAUAUGGGGUGUUUACCCAGAAAAGGAUACCAGAAAAUACUGCAUAGUUACAGUAUUACCAAUUCAUGUAUAGUUAACACCCAGCGAUUAUUACAGAUUUUCGUUUGCUUGUCACGUUUUAUAUAUGUAUUUAUGCUGGCUGUAUACAAAACACAAAUGUACAUGUACAACAUUUCUGGUUUUUAAAGUACACCCAUCUACUCUAAUAUUAUAUAAUUUCAACAUUUUUUCAAAGCUUAAACAAACUAGCACCUCGUUUGCGUGUGUAACGCUUUUAAUUGGGACGCCCUGUAUUGCCCACAAAAAAGAAAAAGGAACAAGGAAAAAAAAAGAAAAGAAAAAGACAUCUCUGGUUAGAAUGUCCCACCGAACAGACAUUCGACAUCCUUCCAGCUUCUGUGCCAGUAAGAAUUUAUCUCAGUCAAUCUGUAAAUAAAUGUAUUUGCAAUGCAACCGAUACGCAUGCAAAAAUAAAGAGUAAAAAGAAAAAAGAAAGAGAGAGAGAGAGAAAGAGAAAGAGAAAAGCGAUCACAUUACAUCUUCAGCUGCCAUACUCUUCUCCGUCCUGCGGAUGCUCAAAAUACCAAAAGCUGUUGCCAGUGCCGGCGUGAGCAACGUCAACUUCUUUCCUGGGCGCGAUAAUACUUAACGGUGGACGCAACGAGGCACCAAGACGUCUGCUUCAUUUCACGGAUCAUAAAUUCGUCAUAUCUGAGAUCCGUCAAUGGCGACGAGCAGAGUACUACGGAAUUCAACCAGAGCUGGGUAAAUUCCGGUUUAAAUAAAAAAAUAAAAAGUAGAAGAAGGAAAAAAUCAGUUGUUUCUUUCUUAUACGUUUUUUCUUUAUCAUGAACUGUUUUGCUUCGAGGGCAUGCACAGUGACGACCUCUUAUUCCUUUGAGGCCCCAGAGUGCAUGGGUACCCUACUCGAAAAUUAGUGCGUACGCAAGGGAUAGCGUUGUUGGUCCUGCGCACGCGCAAGACAUAAACAGAGCUUUGCGCAUUGCGCAGAACCACCAGGCUAUUCCUUACGCGCGCAAACGCGACAGCGUAUACGAUAUACUAAAACUCACCGUUCUCUACCGCGGAUUGUGUACCGAGUUGUCAAGUGCACGUUAUCUCAGUCGCAGAUAGGUAGCACUUCCCAGAGGUUAUGAUUCCAUCACUUUCCUUUUCGUUCUUUCUUUUUUUUUUUUUUCAGCCGCAGUGACGUCACUAGGGUACGCGUCAACAGGCGCGGAAGCUCUUUGCGUCAACUUCCCUCCCUCCUCUUCCAAAUAAUCGACCUAUUUUCAUACCAGACGACAUACGAUAAAUAACUAUUUUAUACCACACGCAGAGGAAAAAAGAAAAUUACGCGCUCGCCGAGGGCUCCUCAUGUUGUUUUGGGCGUCAUCGGUCCACAGAGAAAGGGAUCAUUCUACUAAAAGCGCGGGCUGAAACCACAACAACCAGGACAACACAACACAGAGCAGCGCUCGUGAGCGUUUUAGUGCGAGUGCGGCGCGUCACCCCCCUUUCGUCGCGUCACCCGGUGCGGCCACUGUUCAGCCGUAAGAACACAAUCUCCCACUGCACCCCCUUCACCCUCUACCAAAUCGUUAUUCGUCGUCUGCAACCGAAUCGUGUGACUUCACGUCUUCACCAACGACUGUCGUCUGCUACGAUCUCUCACGGACAAACUGAAGGAAAAUGACGUUUUUGCUAUUGAAUGACAUCAGCAAAGACAGCGGACAAGGAUUACAAGCUUCUGGGCAACAUUUCCUGACGUCACGGAAGGAAGGAAAGAGGCGUUAUAUUGCACCCGUAUUCCGAGGCCUGUAAAUAACAUUUCGCCUCAGCAAAGCGUAACAAAAAUAAAUCGGCGCCUGACUCCAAUCAUAACAUUACAGGCCAGUUCAAUGUAUUGCAAAGGAAAUAAACAGAAAAGGGAAACAGCCA